CAAUGACGGAUACAGUGGAAGAUAAGCUUCGGUGGACACUUUUGGAUUUAACAGUGCUUGACUGUAAAAACAAAGAUUUGCUCAAACUUAUGGCGUGAAGGGCCCCUCCACCGGCCUUCUGUCACUCACAGCUAAUGGAUGUCAUUACCCAGUAUGCCUACAACGACAGCUUAUUCGACAAUGGGACAUGGGGCCUCAACGGGACAGAGCACGGCCAGAAGAACCCUUACAACUACUACGCCAUGCUGCUCACCCUGCUCAUCUUUGUCAUUGUGUUUGGAAACGUGCUGGUGUGUAUGGCUGUGUCCCGGGAGAAGGCGCUCCAAACCACCACCAACUAUCUGAUCGUCAGUCUGGCAGUGGCUGACCUCCUCGUGGCCACGCUGGUCAUGCCCUGGGUCGUGUACUUGGAGGUGGUGGGAGAGUGGCGCUUCAGUAAGAUCCACUGUGACAUCUUUGUCACUCUGGAUGUCAUGAUGUGUACGGCCAGCAUCCUCAAUCUCUGUGCCAUCAGCAUUGAUCGGUACACAGCGGUUGCCAUGCCGAUGCUGUACAACACUCGGUACAGCUCGAGGAGGCGGGUGACGGUCAUGAUCUCAGUGGUGUGGGUGCUGUCCUUUGCCAUAUCGUGUCCCUUGUUGUUUGGCCUAAAUAACACAGCCACACGUGACGAAUCCCUUUGUGUGAUCGCUAACCCGGCCUUCGUGGUCUACUCCUCCAUCGUGUCCUUUUAUGUCCCCUUUAUCAUCACACUGCUGGUUUAUGUGCAAAUUUAUGUGGUUUUACGGAAACGCAGGAAACGUGUCAACACCAAACCAAAGCACAGAGUGUGUCAGCCCACUGAGCCUGAUGUGGCCACCUCACUCAAGGAUAAGUGCACUCAUCCAGAGGAUGUGAGGCUGUGCACCAUGAUUGUUAAAUCUAAUGGGAGUUUUCCUGUCAACAAGAAGAAAGUGGUGUAUGGAAAUGAGGGAGAGGAUCUGGAACUGGACGAGCUCAACAACAGCGGGGACAGUCAGAAACUAAAGCAACAGCCACAAUGCACUCUGGGAGACACUCCAGCUACUAGCCAUCAGAUGCUCAUGCCUAACAAAGCUAAUGCUAGCCCCACAUCAUGCCCACCAACUCCCCCAGAGGAUGGGAGGACCGAGAAGAAUGGGGAGCGCCCCAAAGAGCCACUGGCCGGUGCUACUCCUGUGGUGGCCAAAGCCUUCCAGACCCAGGCCUUGCCCAACGGCAAAACUCAGACCUCUGUCAAGACUAUGAGCAAGAGGAAGAUAUCACAGCAGAAGGAGAAGAAGGCCACUCAGAUGUUAGCCAUUGUCCUUGGUGUGUUCAUCAUCUGCUGGUUGCCAUUCUUCAUCACACAUAUCUUAAACACCCACUGCACCAAAUGCAAGGUCCCAGCUGAGAUGUACAAUGCCUUCACCUGGCUGGGCUAUGUGAAUAGUGCUGUAAACCCCAUCAUCUACACCACCUUUAAUGUGGAGUUCCGAAAGGCAUUCAUUAAAAUCCUGCAUUGUUGA